GCACGCGAUGAGGGUGAAGAGGCGGUCGCGGCACCGCAAGGUGGUCAAGUUCUAUUCCACCUGCUUCGGCUUCCGCGAGCCCCACAAGGUGCUCGUCCACGGCCUGCUCCCCGCCGACGACGCCCUCCGCGAGCUCCUCUCCGCCACCCGGCCGCCCCCGCUCUUCACCUCCAAGUGCGUCCAGGCCCAGCUCCGCCGCCUCGGCAAGUCCCACUCCCAGGCAUUCGACGCCGCCCAGCUCCUCGCCACCGACAGUUGCGAGCAUGAAAAAGUGGUCAGUGCAGUUGAUUGUAUUCUCUCACUGGUAGGUGAUAAGAAUCCGCAACACUACUUUGUCGCUACCCAGGAUUCUGGUCUCCGGGCUAAGCUACGGGAGGUUCCUUGUGUUCCUGUGAUAUACGGUGUGAAGAACUCCCUGGUUAUUGAGCAACCAUCCGUGCAGCAACGCAAGUUUGCUCAGCUGGAUGAGGAGAAGCGUAUUCACAUGGAAAAAUCAGAAUUUAAGAAGCGACUAAAAGCAUCAUCAGAAGGAAAGACGUCUGUUGAUGGAAACAUACCCGGAGUAGUUGCAGAGAAAAGCAAGUUUAAAAGGAACAGAGCAAAGGGUCCGAACCCAUUAUCCCGCAAGAAAAAGAAACCAAAGCCCCAACCAUCAGCUGCUCAAAAUCAGGGUCUGAGGGCCGAUGGUGAGGCAAAGCGAAAAAGGGUUAGGAAGCGGAAGAGAAGCGGCAAAGAUAGCAUUCAAGCAGAGACAGCGAGCUGAUGGGCCUAGAAAAAAGUUGCAAAACAAUGGUGUCAUUUUGCUGCUCUGGCCCCAAUCCGCCGCAUCAAAUGCUAAGAUUAUGUGCUGAUGGUGUUUUUUCAAAUGUGGUACACAAUCCUCAGUCAAGUUGAUAGAUCAUACAUCGUCACAAUAGGAUCGUAACUGGAAACUUUUGGCAGUGUAGCACUAAUAGUUUGUUUGAGACGGUUUGGACUUGUAAAAUUUGUCCUUGCUGGUAAUCUAGUAUAUGAAUACAUCCAAAGUUUUGGCGUUGUAUCAUGAAGAAAUCAA